CAAAAGGCUUGGAUAGAGAAGACCUUUUCAAAAAGAGAAUGCAUCUAUGUAAUUGCCAACACCAAAGACGUUACCAGAUGCUGCUGUGGACAGCUCAUUAACCAACACAUUCCACCUCCUCCAAGUAUAACGGCUAAUAAAAAUGGAGAAGAAACAAAGCAAGUGGAAGCUCAGCCAGAGAAAUGGUCUGUCAGUAAACACACCCAAACUUACCCAACUGAUGCCUAUGGAAACCUUGAAUUCCAAGGAGGAGGACAUUCAAAUAAGGCCAUGUAUAUCCGUGUGUCAUAUGACACUAAACCAGAUUCCCUGCUCCAUCUCAUGGUGAAAGACUGGCAGCUGGAACUGCCCAAACUUUUAAUCUCUGUCCAUGGAGGCCUCCAGAAUUUUGAAUUGCAACCUAAACUAAAGCAAGUAUUUGGAAAAGGUCUUAUCAAGGCUGCCAUGACCACAGGAGCUUGGAUUUUCACUGGAGGUGUUAGCACAGGUGUCAUUCGUCAUGUGGGAGAUGCCUUGAAAGAUCAUUCUUCCAAAUCCAGAGGACGAAUAUGUGCCAUAGGAAUCGCGCCAUGGGGCAUUGUAGAAAACAAGGAAGAUCUGAUAGGAAAAGAUGUAACACGAGUUUACCAAACAAUGUCAAACCCUCUGAGUAAGCUCUCCGUGCUCAACAGUUCCCAUACCCAUUUCAUUCUGGCAGACAAUGGUACGCUAGGUAAAUAUGGAGCAGAAGUAAAGUUACGACGUCAGCUGGAGAAACACAUUUCCCUCCAGAAAAUUAACACACGUCUGGGUCAAGGUGUUCCAGUAGUUGGGCUUAUAGUGGAAGGGGGUCCCAAUGUGAUCUCCAUUGUCUUAGAGUGUCUACGAGAAGAACCCCCUCUCCCUGUUGUGAUUUGUGAUGGUAGUGGACGAGCGUCGGAUAUUCUGUCAUUUGCACACAAGUACUCAGAAGAAGGAGGGAUAAUAAGUGAAUCCCUUAGGGACCAGCUUCUAGUUACCAUCCAGAAAACCUUUAACUACAACCGGAAUCAAGCUCAUCAACUAUUUGUCAUUCUUAUGGAGUGCAUGAAAAAGAAAGAACUUAUUACGGUGUUUCGCAUGGGAUCUGAAGGGCAACAGGACAUUGAGAUGUCUAUCUUGACAGCUCUCCUCAAAGGUACCAAUGCAUCUGCUCCAGACCAGCUCAGCUUGGCUUUGGCCUGGAAUCGUGUAGAUAUUGCACGCAGCCAAAUCUUUGUCUUUGGACACCACUGGCCGCCUCUAGGAAGCCUUACAGCUCCUGAUGGUACAGCUCCUGAGAAGGAAAAGAAAUCUCCAGCACCUCAGACUAAAGGAGCCAGAGGGAAAGGAAAAGGGAAAAAAAAGGGAGGAAAAGGAAAAGAAGAGCCAGAAGAAGAAACAGACCCAAGAAAGCUUGAACUCUUGAACUGGGUGAAUUCCCUGGAACAGGCUAUGCUGGAUGCACUGGUUCUGGAUCGAGUGGACUUUGUGAAACUACUCAUUGAGAAUGGAGUGAACAUGCACCACUUCCUCACUAUUCCUCGACUGGAAGAGCUUUAUAAUACUAGACUGGGUCCACCAAAUACACUGCAUUUGCUAGUCAGAGAUGUGAAGAAGGGAAAUCUUCCACCAGAUUAUCAUAUCAGUCUAAUAGAUAUUGGUCUUGUGCUUGAAUAUCUCAUGGGUGGAGCUUACCGCUGCAAUUAUACUCGGAAAAGUUUUCGGACUCUUUAUAAUAAUCUAUUUGGACCAAAGAGGCCAAAAGCUCUUAAACUACUAGGGAUGGAGGACGAUGAGCCUCCCACCAAAGGGAAGAAGAAGAAGAAGAAAAAGGAGGAAGAGAUUGAUAUUGAUGUGGAUGACCCAGAAGUCAGCCGCUUUCAGUACCCCUUCCAUGAACUGAUGGUAUGGGCUGUGCUGAUGAAACGGCAAAAGAUGGCACUCUUCCUUUGGCAGCGAGGGGAGGAAACCAUGGCCAAGGCACUUGUGGCCUGUAAACUGUACAAAUCUAUGGCACAUGAAUCUUCUGAGAGUGAGCUGGUGGAUGACAUCUCUCAGGAUCUGGACAACAACUCAAAAGAUUUUGGCCAGCUGGCUGUUGAACUCUUGGAUCAGUCCUAUAAACAUGAUGAGCAGAUUGCCAUGAAACUGCUAACCUAUGAACUGAAAAACUGGAGUAAUUCCACCUGCCUGAAAUUGGCUGUGGCAGCUAAACACAGGGACUUCAUUGCUCAUACAUGCAGCCAGAUGCUCUUAACAGAUAUGUGGAUGGGGCGACUACGCAUGCGGAAAAAUCCAGGCCUUAAGGUUAUAAUGGGGAUUCUCUUCCCUCCCACCAUCCUUUUCCUAGAGUUUCGGAGUUAUGAUGAUUAUUCUUACCAGACAUCAAGAGAAAAUGAAGAAGGCAGAGAAAAAGAGGAGGAAAAUGUGGAUGCAAAUGCAGAUACAGGCUCCAGAAAAGGAGAUGAAGAGAAUGGGAAAAAAAAACAAAAGAGCCUCCCAAUUGGAACAAAGAUCUAUGAAUUCUAUAAUGCACCUAUUGUCAAAUUUUGGUUCUACACAAUAUCAUACCUUGGCUACUUGAUGCUGUUUAAUUAUAUCAUCUUGGUGCGGAUGGAACGAUGGCCAUCGAUCCAGGAAUGGAUUGUCAUCUCUUACAUUGUGACAUUGGCUUUAGAGAAAAUAAGAGAGAUUCUGAUGUCAGAGCCUGGCAAGCUGAGCCAAAAAGUAAAAGUUUGGCUCCAAGAAUACUGGAAUAUUACUGACCUGGUGGCUAUCUCAGUAUUUAUGAUAGGAGCAAUUCUUCGCCUACAGAGCCAGCCUUACAUGGGUUAUGGAAGAGUGAUUUACUGUGUAGAUAUCAUUUUCUGGUACAUUAGAGUACUAGAUAUCUUUGGUGUGAACAAAUAUCUGGGACCUUACGUCAUGAUGAUUGGAAAGAUGAUGAUUGACAUGCUCUACUUUGUGGUCAUCAUGCUUGUGGUUCUGAUGAGUUUUGGUGUAGCCCGCCAGGCUAUCCUGCACCCAGAUGAGGAGCCUUCUUGGAGAUUAGCUCGCAACAUCUUCUAUAUGCCCUACUGGAUGAUCUAUGGAGAGGUGUUCGCAGACCAGAUAGACCUCUAUGCCAUGGAAAUUAAUCCUCCUUGUGGGGACAAUCUGUAUGAUGAUGAUGGUAAACGCCUCCCUCCAUGUAUACCAGGGGCAUGGCUCACUCCUGCUAUUAUGGCCUGUUACCUCUUGGUAGCAAAUAUCCUGUUGGUAAACCUGCUGAUUGCUGUCUUCAAUAAUACCUUCUUUGAGGUAAAAUCAAUAUCCAACCAAGUCUGGAAGUUCCAGCGGUACCAGCUGAUCAUGACAUUCCAUGACAGACCUGUCCUCCCACCACCAAUGAUUAUCUUCAGCCACAUCUACAUAAUCAUCAAGCGAAUCUGCUGUCGCUGCAGGAAGGGUGAAGGAGACCAGGAUGAGCGUGACAGGGGGCUGAAGUUAUUUCUGAAUGAUGAAGAGCUAAAAAAACUGUAUGAGUUUGAAGAACAGUGCGUAGAAGAAUACUUCCAAGAAAAAGAGGAUGAGGAGCAAUCAUCUAAUGAUGAACGCAUCAGAGUUACCUCUGAAAGAGUUGAAAACAUGUCCAUGAGGCUAGAAGAAGUGAAUGAAAGAGAACAUUUUAUGAAAGCUUCCCUUCAAACAGUUGACCUUCGACUCUCUCAGUUGGAAGAACUGUCUGGUCGGAUGGUGAAUGCCCUUGAGAAGCUGGCGGGUGUUGACAAAUCCGAGCUGACGUACACACGUUCGCGGGCUUCCUCGGAGUGCGAUGCUGCCUAUCUCCUGCGGCAAAGCAGCGUUAACAGCUCUGAUGGCUACAGCAUGUACAGAUACCACAUUGGUGGUGAUGAGUUAGCAUACGAUGACAGUACCACUCCUAUGUCACCAGCCUUGGGACCACGUAAAAAAGCUCAUUCUAUUGGUACCAAAGAAGAUGGAGCAGACUCAAAGAUGUUGGUUCCAGAACACCAUACUAGUCUGCAUUAUACCUCUAGUGCUAAUGCGGGCACCCCAGCAGAUGACAGUAAAUCUACAUUAGAAACUAUGCAGAAUGUUUCUACACCCCAUUCUGGUUCAGGUGGUUUGUGGGAUGAGAAGCAAGGGAUUUGCAAGAGUGAUGGAAUGAUUCCUCAGAGUAUAAACCAGAUGGAUACUGUUACAAACAGUCAGUCAGUACCAAGGUCUGACUUCCAGAACACUCAGUUAAAAGUAGAACGUACUAAGUUAGAAGCUACCAUCUCUUAUCCCUUGGACAAAUCUAAAGCAAUGCGCUAUUUUCCUCCUGAAACAUUCAGCGCUUGUCAAACCACUAUGAUGAAGUCAAGGAGCUUUAUAUUUGCACAGGGUGGGAAGCUGGUUGGAGGCGUUAAUAACUGGACCUCUGAGUAUAGUACCAUCAUGGAUCAGGUGUGCCCUUCAGCAAUUGAACAGUGGGCCACAGAGUGGAGAUACGAAGUUGAGCAGCAACUUUCCCAAGAACGUCCUCCAGAAUACCCUGGUUUUGCCUCUGAAGCAGAAAGGCAAGCAGAGCAGAAACAGUUACAGAUGGACACAGAUGAUGACAGUGAUGUUGGUGAAGCAGGUAUGAGUGCCUCUUACACCUCUAUGCCUACCACUGUCAAGGCUGAAAAAGAUAAUCUACUAUCAGUAAAGCCAGAAAGGACUUCUGGGUUCCCAUCAGUAAGGUCAAAGAGUUUGCACAGCCAUUCUCGGAAAGCCAAGUCUGUAAAGGACAAAUUAAAUAGACCAGGACAUGCCAGCAGCGUAACAAAUCUGGUGGUAGCAUUUGGCAGUGCAACAGAGGAACAGAAAGCUAGGCAAGAAAAUGCAUCCACAGAAACGGAAUGUUAAAGUGGCUUAUGGUUCCUAUUUCAAAGGCAGUCAAGAAAGCAGCAUGACUAACUGAACAAAUUAUGGAUUUUAAAAUUCAUUUGUAAUGAAUAAUGUGGCAUAUGUUUGUUUCUUUCCACUUUCUCUUCUGUUCUUAAAUAAAUGCUUGCUGGAUCAGGUGAAAAGGAGAUUGUCUCUCAGGGGCAGAUAUGAAGCAGGCACAGUCCACAAAAAACAGUACAGAUCUUUCUUUGUUUCAUUUUGAACUGACUCAUAAGCUCAUUUACUGAUGAGCUCUUUAUAAAAGCUCAUGAAAGAAGGGCAAUAUUAUAAUGUAUAAUUUAGAAUUUUUUCAAGGUUUGUUUUUAAUCUGAAAGAAUUCUUAAACUGAACACAUUUCUAACCAGCCUUAGUUUUUAUCCUUCCUCAUAUAGCCAGUUUCUCUGUAACCAGUGUUUUUCAGAUCUAAACAAAAUUGUUGGAGGCAAGGAAAAACAACACAGUUCCUUCUUUCACUUCUCAUUUCAUGCAUGCUUCUUAGCUCUCCUUUCAGAAAGGUACAACAUAGCUGUUUUCAUUCAUUGAAACAGGUCUGAGCAGCAAAAUAGAGUUCUAUUUGGAGAAAUCUGACCUGGAAGGCAUAGAGAGAUUCUUGACCUGUCCUUGAACUUUAGUGAUAUAAUCCUGCUUUCAGGAUCACACCUACCCCCACCCCAAAGCUGACAGCCUUAAACUGUUGAAAAACAGUGAUUUUUUGUUUUUUCAAAAUGUAGAGUAAGAAUAUGGCUUUUUGAAAAAUGCUUGCAAGUGAAAACAAAAGAAAACAGGGAAGGUGUUCUGAUUGGGUGAGAUCAAAAUGCAGCCAAUCUGUGUUGAAGCAAAUCUGCUGUGACAAUUUCGUCUUUUGUUUUGCAAUUUCAUUUUGGCAACACACGAGGAACAGGAAAGUUUCAUGGAGUCAUUCUAAACAAAGAACACAUUUUCCAGGUGAAAUAGAAAUUUUGUACAUUUUCUUGAGGAAAUUCCAAAAACAAAUGUGAAAGGGAAGAAAAAAAAGUCUGUGUAGCAGAAGUGUUUUCUAUCCCUCAGUGAUAAAAACCUGAAAAUCUACAUCUAUAGUAACAGUCUCCCAGCACACUUGUCUCAAGAGUGGUAUUCUAAGUAUUAGGUUUUGUAGUUUUCUCCAUAGUAAUAUGAUGUUAUUUGACUCAUUCUUCUCUGUUACCUUUUUGGAGUUUUGCUCUUUUGAAUAUUUAGCACCUCUCUUUGCAGGGGCUGCAUACCUCUGAACAGAUGAGAAAGGAAAUGAGUUAAAAGCAGUAAUUUGUUUACAGAAUACUGGUUAGAAGUGUAUGCUUAACUCAGUCAUUAUCAGGACUUAUGCAUACACUAUUCUGAAAAGAUGGAUUUUUGGCACCCCUGCAUCAGCACCACAGUAUGAAGGUCUCAGUAUCUCCCUUGAUAAUGCUGCUUACAGUACUUUGAAAUGUAGAGAUUGAUGGGAAAAUCUACGAAUGCAUUGAGAUGGCAUCAGCUUUUUAUUGUUUGUAUUAUACUUUUGCAUUCCAUCCAUUCUUAACACGUUCAAGUACUGUUAUCAUACUGAAUGAUCACAGUAACUGCAGAGACGUUUCUGAAAGUUCACUCAUCGUUUACGAUGGACUUUUGCUAGCAGGUUUACUAGUUCAGCGCUGUCAGAUCAGUGUGACAGUUUUCAUGUGAGCUUCUCUUUCUAACCAACUUUAGGGACAUUGACAUUUUGUAAAAACGGGAUGGCAUUUGAAAUUGUUUCACUUCCAUGUUUACUUCUGUGUUACCAUUCAGUGCAACUACAUAGCCAUUUUUGUACCUCCGGUUAAAACAGCCUCCAAUUUGCCAAUGCCUUUUUAUUGUUUGCCGGCACAGUCACCACAAACGGAUUCCUUCACAAACACAAAGGGACGCAGCUUUUCAGCGCUUUGCUAAACCAGCAGCAUGCAUUUUGGACAAAAUACAGCCUUGCAUACCUCUUGUUACUUUGUCUUUAUAAAAUCAUGCUCUGUUUGACCAGUUACAUUUUUAGCAUUUACAUGACAAAUUUACCAGAUAGCAUGUAGAUUUCAAACUAAACCAUUUUACCUUUGUGUUUACUUCCUUCCUUUCUGUACAAAUAUUUAUAAAGAAAAACAUGAAAAAGAUGUGCAUUCAGUAGAAUGGAUUUUUCACUAUGAUAUCAAAACACUUAUCUGUUUCUUCUUAGCGUGUGGACUGAACACUUUCUAAGCCAAGUUUCCUUUUUGUAACAUUUGCCAAUAAUUUUCCAUGAAGUUCUCUAUACAGUGAUGACUUCAUAAACCUUGGAUGGCAUAUUUAUAUUUUAAGGCAUUUAUGAGGCAUAGCACGAACUGAGAUGGUAAGCUCUCUGCCAUUAAAUGGUACGUACAGGGACUUGGGCAGAGUCACUUUAGACAUGCAGCUAUUUUUAUAUGUUUUAAAUAUGUCUCUGUAUGUAUGUAGAAGACCAAUAGUAGAUGUGGAGCACACUGAACAGGGUAACGAUCAACACACUUGCACAUCUGCCCGCAUGCCUUCUUGAACACUGGCUGAGAGGAUGCAAGGACAGAAUUUGCAUUUCUGAAGAUACAUCUGUAAUGCUGCUUUCAAGGAAGAUGUGCCACUCCUACUGCUCAGUAUGUGGUGACUCCACAGCAGUGUCACUGUGAAUUGCACUAACCAUUCUUUAUUAUGUGCUUGACCUGUAUUGAACCAACUCAAACCUAAAGACUAUGUACUCUAAGACUGUUUCUACAUGGAGACAUUACACUGAGGUAAUUUCAGUUUGUUCACCUUACAAUAUCUUGCAAUACAGACAUUAUACUCUCCCUCAGGGCAAAUCCUUUAAAUACAGUGACUGAGUAUAAUAUUUGCAUAAGCAGGUUCUGAACUCUACCAGCUGCUUCCACAAAUUACCCUUUUUUGACUUUGCUCUUGCAAGCCUCUCCUACAGCAGAGUCAUUCUUGCUAUUUUAGACGCAUGAUUUUGAUACCCGAAAACUAAGAAAGUCCAUUUUCCAUUUACUAAUUAAUUAAAGCAGCUAUUGAAACCUUCAAA